GUUCAAAUCAAUGAUCAGUUCAGAAUUUUAUGGUUAGGUGCACAAUUUAAAUCUGACAUUUAUGGGGGAAACUUCUUAAAAAAAGUAUUAUAUUUGUAUAAUGGGAGAGUUUAAACUGCACCAUCUUAUAAAAGAAUUAUUAGAUGUUGUAGGGAGCAAAGAAAAAGAAGAAUUUGUUGAGGUAGUAGAAUUUCUUCAAAAUAAUAUUUCAAAAAAUACAGCAAAUCCUCAGAAUCGUAGUAAUGUGCUUCAUCAAAUUCAACAAUUAAGUCAACAGGCACCUAACCCUCAAAAUUUUUUAGCAAAAUAUGAAGAAAUUAAACAGAAAAAUGUUGAUUCGUUAAAUUCAUAUAUACAGUUGCUAAAUUGUAUUUCUCAAGAUCAAACUGUGAAAGAUUUUUUAGCUGCUACUGCUAAAAAAAAUCCAGGAACACAUAAUGAUACUACUUCAUCAGGGGGUAAUUCACAAUUAUUUACAUCAACACCACUUACUCAUGAUGAACUGCAAGAGGUUAAAAGCCGUUUGAAACAAGCUAUUAUUAAGCAGUCUCCCUCAAGAGAAGUUGAAAGAAGUAAAAUAUUAAACAAGAGUAGUGUUAUUCCAACAGCAAAUACUCCUUCUAUUACUUCAUGGGUUCAAAAGAGACCCAGUAUGUCCUGGGACUUUUCUUGUAAUGCUGUUGCUAAUAUACGAAGUGCACCUAUUUCAAAUAUUCCCCCUGAUUCUCAAGAGAAUAUACUUUUGGAGGAUCUCUUAAAUAUUUUAAUUGGGGUACCAAGUUGUUAUAUUAGACCUGUACGUUUAGUUGAUCCUUAUGCUCCAAGAGAUUUUAUUAUUGAUGAGUCUAUUGAGAUGACAUUAAAAGAACUAGUAAAACAAAUUUUGCCUUUAGCUUCAUAUUUUUCUGUAGUUCAAAGGUUUACUGAAGAAAAGAUGCGAUUUGAGUUUGGCCAAGUGAAUAAUGCACUUGCUGAGUGUAUGUCUACAUUUAUAGUCGAUUACACUCUUUUUAUAACACAGUUAGAGACUGAAGCCCAUAUGGGGAAUUUAAAUUUACAAAAAAUGUGGUAUUACAUUCAAAAGAAUUUGCAUGCUAUGUCCAUAAUGAGCAAUAUUGCAACUACAAUUAGUAAGUCUGAUGCAAAAGGCGGAAAAGUUCUCAGUUUGCUCCAUGAACAUAUUACAGGAUUUAUUGGGGAUGCAAAAGCUCAAGAAGUGUGUCUUCAUUUUAUACAGGCCGCUUGCGUUCCUUAUAUGAAAAUAUUAGGAAUGUGGAUUUACAAAGGAAUCAUUGCAGAUCCUUUUAGAGAGUUUUUGAUAGAAGAUAACGAAAUUGUUCAAAAGGAGGACAUGCUCGUUGAUUAUUCGGCAGAUUACUGGGAUAAAAAGUACACAAUUCGUCGAGAAAGUAUACCAAAGUUUCUUGAACCUGUGGCUGAUAUAAUUUUAUGUGCUGGCAAAUACUUAAAUGUUAUAAGACAGUGUGGGAAGCCAAUCAACAAUAAAGUUCAUGUUAUUGAGUAUAAAAUCGACGAAAAACACUACAUUGAAGCGAUAAAGAAGGCCUAUAAAUUUGCUAGUCAAACAUUAUUAGAUGUGUUGUUUAAAGAACAUGACCUUAUGGGUAGAUUAAAAUCAGUUAAACAUUACUUCCUACUUGACCAGGGCGAUUUUAUCGUUACGUUUCUGACAUUAUGUGAGAAAGAACUGAAUAAAGAUGUUGCUGAUGCUAUCCAGGUCCGAAUAGAUUCUCUUUUGGAUCUUGCCUUGAGACUGUCAAGUUCAAACAGUGAUCCUUACAAGGACGAUCUUAGGACUGAACUUCUUCCUUAUAAUCUCCAGUGUCAAAUGUUUAGAAUACUCAGUAUUUUAACUGAAGAUGAAGAAGAAUAUGCAAAUAUUGAACAGAAGAGUUUGUCCGUAAUAGAGUCUUUCGCGUUUAGUUAUGAAGUGUCGUGGCCCUUGUCUUUAAUAUUAAACAGGCGAUCGUUGGCUUGUUACCAAAUGAUAUUUCGGCAUUUGUUUUAUUGUAAACAUAUCGAAAGAAUGAUCUGUCAUGUUUGGAGGGCCAAUAAAGUGGUUAAGGGUUUUCCGAGGUCUGUUGCUUGUCAAUACCAUGCAGCGUUCGCGUUGCGACAACGAAUGUUGCAUUGUAUUCAGAAUCUCGAAUAUCACAUGAUGGUUGAAGUUAUCGAACCGCAUUGGUGCACUCUCAUGCAGGCCAUGGCGAAAGUGGGUAAUGUCGAUGGGAUCUUGGCUAAUCACACGGACUUUUUAAACGCUUGUCUUAAAGACUGCAUGUUGACAAUACCUCGGUUACUAAGUACCGUUAAUAACAUCUUACAAAUAUGUGCAAGGUUUUGCAGAUUCAUGCAGCUCUCACAACGGUAUUUUGUGGAAGCAGAACUUGGUACUGUACCAAGCUCUAUGAUAGACUCUUUUUGUCAGACGGAGUUUCCUAAUACUGUUAAUAAUACAGAAGAUGGUCAAAAGAUGGCUAGUUUUGCAGAAAGUGUAUCCCAAUUAGAUUUUGAAUUUUCCGAAUAUUUAAAGGAUUUGCUGGAUCAGAUCAGCAAUUUGAAUAAAGACACCAGUGAACAUGAUAGAUUAUAUAAUUUACUUUACAGAUUGGAUUUCAAUUCUUACUACUCCUGUCAGUUUGAAUCAGGUGGGUUUAACAAGAAUAAAACUGGAUAAAAUCAAAUAUAGGCGAAUCUCAAUUUAAUUUAUUUUAUAAAUUUUUAAGUAAAUGUAUUAAUUAUUAUGGUUGCAUUGCUCGAACUCCCAAUGGUCCAGUAGUUACAAGUAUUGUUCUCAUUAAUAAACUUUUUUACUUCUUA